CUGUAUGGGGUACCCUGUCGCUGUCCCUUAGCACAGCGCUCCAAGCGGCGAGCAUCGAGGACGCCGGCGGCGGAGGAUCCGGGGAUUAGUGGAUCCAGGGGGAGGAGGCGUAGGCGUGGGCGCGGGCGCGGGCGGGUGCGGCUCCGGCACUGGCUCUGGUCGCUUUGCCACCAUAAUGGGCGCCGUCAAGUCGCGCCCUAUCACCAGUGCCGAUGUGGACGCCGAGGAGCAGCUGCAGCAUCCGCACCAUCACGGCCAUCACUCGAUGCGCAAUGGGCACCACCACAACGGCUCCACCUCCGGCACGCUGCAGAAGCAGGAUUUGCGAUACGAUAUUGGCUGCAGCUCCCAAUACCAGCACGUCCGGCAGCCCAGUCUGCGCAGCCGGAGUCAGCAGCCCAUGCCCACCGCGGACGAGCUGGACCGGCGCUUCGCCAAAGUUUUGGCUUCGAUGGACUUGCCGCCCGAUAAAGCAAAGCUACUUCGCAACUACGAUGACGAGAAGAAAUGGGACAUGAUAUGUGAUCAAGAAAUGGUGCAGGCCAAGGAUCCGCCCUCACAUUACUUGAGUAAACUGCGAACGUAUUUGGACCCGAAAGCAUCGCGAAGUCAUCGGAAACGGAAAAUGGUCGGCGAGUCCACAUCCACCCAGGUGCUCCGGGAUCUAGAGAUCUCGCUGCGCACGAACCACAUCGAGUGGGUGAAGGAGUUCCUGGACGAUACGAACCAGGGCCUGGAUGCUCUGGUCGACUAUCUUAGCUUUCGGUUGCAGAUGAUGCGUCACGAGCAGCGUCUCCAGGGAGCGCUCUGUGCCUCCGAGGAGCGCUUGAAUAUCACGAACGGCGGGGAUGGCGGAGAGUUGGUGAUGGGUAAUAGCAGUUCUAUAAGUCGUGGCGGAGGUAUUGGACUUACUCACGGCGGCAGUGCAGGUCAUGGCCUCGCCAAUGGUUCCAUUCUGGUGGAUUCAAGACAACCGCAGCACUCCCUGUCCUACGGAUUUCUGCGUCCCGCCAUUGCCGAUGCCCUGGAUAGUCCCAGCUUGAAGCGAAGGUCGCGUCAUAUAGCCAAGCUGAAUAUGGGCGCCGCCACGGAUGACAUCCACGUGUCCAUAAUGUGCCUGCGUGCCAUCAUGAACAACAAGUAUGGGUUCAACAUGGUUAUCCAGCAUCGCGAAGCAAUUAAUUGCAUUGCCUUGAGCCUCAUUCACAAGUCACUCAGGACGAAGGCCCUGGUCCUGGAGCUUUUGGCAGCCAUCUGCCUGGUCAAGGGGGGGCACGAGAUCAUCCUGGGAUCGUUCGACAACUUCAAGGAUGUAUGCCAGGAGCAGCGGCGCUUCCAGACCCUCAUGGAGUACUUUAUGAACUUUGAGGCUUUCAACAUCGAUUUCAUGGUCGCCUGCAUGCAGUUCAUGAAUAUAGUGGUCCACUCCGUGGAGGAUAUGAACUACAGAGUGCACCUUCAGUACGAGUUUACAGCCCUGGGUCUGGACAAGUAUUUGGAGCGGAUUCGACUGACAGAAUCCGAGGAGCUGAAGGUACAGAUCUCGGCCUAUCUGGACAAUGUGUUCGAUGUGGCCGCUCUGAUGGAGGAUUCGGAAACGAAGACGUCCGCCCUGGAAAGGGUGCAGGAACUGGAGGAUCAGCUCGAGCGGGAGGUCGACCGGAACUCGGAGUUCAUGUACAAGUACGCUGAACUGGAGUCGGAUAAUACUGCACUCAAGAUGGAGCGGGAGCAGAUGGCGAUAGCGCGCCAGAAACUGGAAGCUGACUUCACGGUCCUGCAACGCAUGCUGCAGGACAACGAGUUAGAGUUGAAGAAGAGGGACACGCUGCUGCACACGAAAAACUUGGAGUUGCAGACGCUCAGCCGCUCCUUGCCACGAUCUGUGUCCACUGGCGAUGGAUCCCUUGUGAAUGGGGGUCUUCUGCCUGGUUCCAGUUUGGGCGCAUCGUCUUUGACGCUGCCACCACCUCCUCCGCCAAUGCCCGCCUCGCCCGCCGCAAUGUCAGCUUCGCCUCCGCCACCACCCCCGCCAGCACCACCGGCGCCACCUCCGCCGUCCAUGAUGUCGGGACUUAGUCCAAUGAUCAGUCCGAACGGCAGCCUCACCUCGACGGCUCCAUCACCGCCUCAUGCCCCGCCCAUGCUCAGCUCCUUCCAGCCACCACCGCCGCCGGCGGCCGGCUUCAUGCCGGCUCCCGAUGGCGCCAUGACCAUCAAACGCAAAGUGCCCACCAAGUACAAGUUGCCUACCUUGAACUGGGUGGCUCUGAAGCCUAACCAGGUACGUGGUACAAUCUUCAAUGAGCUGGACGACGAGAAGAUCUUUAAGCAGAUUGACUUCAACGAAUUCGAGGAGAGGUUCAAGAUCGGCAUUGGGGGCGCAUUGCACAAUGGCAGCAGUGGAACCGAAGUGGAUGGCUCGCUGCAGUCCAGCAAACGCUUCAAGAGGCCCGACAAUGUCUCGCUGCUGGAGCACACGAGGUUAAGAAACAUUGCAAUCUCCCGUCGCAAGUUGGGCAUGCCCAUAGACGAUGUCAUCGCUGCCAUCCACAGUCUGGACCUGAAAAAGCUCUCCCUGGAAAACGUUGAGCUGCUGCAGAAGAUGGUUCCCACCGAUGCCGAGGCCAAGGCCUACAGGGAGUACAUAGCCGCGCGCAAGGACCAGCAGCUGUUGACCGAGGAAGACAAGUUCAUGCUACAAUUGUCGCGUGUGGAGCGCAUAUCCUCAAAGCUGGCCAUCAUGAACUACAUGGGCAAUUUUGUGGAUAGCGUGCAUCUCAUUAGUCCGCAAGUGCAAUCCAUAGCAGCUGCUUCCAAUUCACUGAAACAAUCGCGCAAGUUUAAGGCGGUUUUAGAAAUAGUCCUGGCCUUCGGCAACUAUCUCAACAGCAACAAGCGAGGACCGGCCUACGGGUUCAAGCUGCAAUCGCUGGACACUUUGAUUGAUACAAAGUCCACGGAUAAGCGGUCGUCGCUGCUCCACUAUAUUGUGGCCACCAUUCGGUCCAAGUUCGACGAACUGCUGAACUUUGACAGCGAGCUGUACGGAACGGAAAAAGCGGCUUCGGUUGCAUUGGAAAAUGUAGUGGCCGAUGUUCAGGAGCUGGACAAGGGCAUGGAGCUAGUACGCAAGGAGGCCGAUCUGCGGGUGAAGGGUGCCCAGACGCACAUCCUGAAAGACUUCCUCACCAACAGCGAGGAUAAGCUGAAGAAGAUCAAGAGCGAUCUGCGUCACGCACAGGAUGCCUUCAAGGAGUGCGUGGAGUACUUUGGCGAAUCCUCGCGCAAUGCCGAUGCUGCCGCCUUCUUUGCGCUCAUCGUACGCUUUACAAGGGCCUUUAAGCAACACGAUAUGGAGAACGAACAGCGUCGUCGGCUGGAACAGGCCGCCUCCAAAAAGGAGACCGACCAAGUGCAUUUGCGCAACAAAGCUAACCAGAAAAAGCAACAGGAUGCUGUCAUCAACGAGUUGAAGAGCAAAGCGCACUCGGUGCGCGAGAAGAAGCUGCUGCAACAGGACGAGGUGUACAAUGGAGCCCUCGAGGACAUCCUGCUUGGCCUGAAGAGCGAGCCGUAUCGGCGGGCGGAUGCGGUUAGGCGCUCGCAGCGUCGCAGGAUCGACAAUAAUCGCCUGUCACGCACCUUGGAGGAGAUGGAUUGCUAAGUGAGAUCGAUCGAGAUGAUAAGACGAUGGCAACGAAUCGAAAAUCAAAAUUACACUGAAAGAGAAAAGAAAUCAUAAGAGAUACUGCAAUAUGUGAUUGGGCGAUUAAAUUGUUUUGGACACAUUCGCACACAUACACAAACUCACAUUCCCCUCCAUAAACCCUAAA